AUGCCGUUCACCCACUCCUACUCUUCGUCGGCCAUUGCUGCUCGCACUCACCAGAACCACACUCAGAACAGGGGCGCAGGCGUCCACAUCCUUGGCACACCCAGCAGCAGCACGGCCAGCAUCGAUGCCUCCUCGUCUCGCAUCCCGAGCUCGCCGCGUUCUGCCACCACCGCCGAUUCUUCGGCCACCUUCGAACACGAAACCACUCCCCGCUCUCGUCUCUUCUCUUCUGGUCGCAAGUCGCCCGACCCCUUCCGCCGCUUCCGACGCCUCUCUUCUUCCAACUCGCUCAACAUUGCCUCUGCUCCUCCGGCGCCAAAUGCUUCUCAGUCGUUUGACUCGCAGCAGAGUCAAUACUCGGCUUACGCAGACACUAGCAUCCCCGCUUAUCCAUCCACCACUCGCCCUGCCGCCUCUCCUGCUCCGCUAGGGACGCAACGCUCACCACCUCCGCCUCUGCCGUCCGCCUCCACCAAACCGGCCUUUCAGCGACCGAAGCGCACCAAGUCGUCCAGCAUCUCGAUCCUCUCUACUGGCUUGGGCUUGCGCAACAGAGACCAUCGUUCCGAUCCUUCCUCCACCGCAGACGUUCGUCGCCGUCACCGCAAAAGCGCUUCCCUCUCUGGCUCCGAUGCCGAUUCCUUGGCCUCGGCGUUAGAGCGUGCUGCAACGCCUCAGCCUACGCUCCGUGCUGUCUCUCCUGCUCCUUCCCUCUCCGAAAGCCUCACCUCGCUCAAACAAGAAUCUUUAUCCAGGUCAUCUCUACCGCUCAGUCCUCCGCUCCAUGAAUCCAAAAAACACAAGCAGGCAUGGUACCAGGCUCAACAAAAGACCAUCCAACUCGACAACCCCUACAAUCGCGAAAUGCACCAUUCCGACUUGGACAACGCCCACCUGUUCCCGCUCAAUGUCGCCAUACCGGGCCAAGCAGAGCAUGCUCGUAGCUCGCCGAUCGACUCGCGGUCGCCUCGCCCCGUCGUCGAAACCUUCUUGUCCGAACAAGAGAUGCUCGAUGCUGGCAUCCACAUCAUUCGACGACGCGACGACGAUACCACAACCACCUCGGCCAGCUCCAAGGACUCUCGCGGUCUAUCUACGCCGCGUAUGCACGAUUCUGCCACCAUGCCCGUCAUGCCACCGCGCCUGUAUGGAGCAGAGCAUCCCGACUUUCUCGAGCUGAUCGACUCUCCCAUCAACAGCAAACAGCCCAGUCCAUUGCUCAACCGGCCCCUCGAUCCGCCCAUCACGUCUGCCAACAUGCACCGUGCCCUUUCCCAUUCUCGCAAUCAAUCCAGCAGCGGCAGUCUCUCGAUCUCCUCGGCCAGUUCUACCGAUCAUCUGCCACACGAUGCGAGUUCGCUCAACAACGGUAGCACAGGCAGUCUGAGCAGCGGAAGCAAGCAUUCCUUCUCCUUUACCAAGCUUAGGCGCGCAGGCGCAAAGCAGAGCAAUGUCGCAGCUUCCUCUCGACCCUCCACGGCGGAUUCCUCCAGCGAGGAUGUCAUCGGUGGUAGAACUUUCUUGUUCCCAUCACGCGAACGUACCACGUCGCAACAACAGCAGCAGCAACCGGUCUACAACGGCGGUGCGGCUGCACCUGGCUAUCUCACGCCGGGGCCUGGCUCAUCGGCAUCGCCUUUCCUCAACAAACACUCUGCGACGGUGGGUCGUGCCUCUCGCAGCAUCAAUGGCGGCGAUACCGCCAAGAACGGUCUGGCUCAGGUCUUCAGCGGUAGAGGCAAUCCACCCGCCACCGUGGGUCCCGCGUCUUCCAUUGGCAACCCUUACCACGCUUCGACCAGCAACGGUAUCGCUCCGCCCAAACCACCCAAGCCCAAACCAAGCCUCUUGACCGCUUUCCCACGGUCUGGCUCAGCCAGCAACUCGUCGCUCGGAUCCAUAUCUGCACCCAACACUGCAACCAUCCCGCCACUGCACGAUUCUACCAACAGGAGCGACGGUGGCAACGCGGGCGACGCGCUGCUACAACCACCAGCGAGUGCAGGGCCAGGCAAUGGCGUCUACCGCAACGUCGCGCACGCGCGAUCGCAGGAAGCUGUGGCGGAAGCUCGACUGGAUGCAGGGGCGCUACGUGCGUCGGCAGGUACGCCGAUGCCGCCUCCGCGAAGGCUGAAUCCGCCGCGAGCGGGUGGAGCGGGCGCCUCGUUUGGCUACUCCCAGUACACUUCGCCCGCCAUGGCAAGGUCCUCAUCUAACGGUACAGGUGGUGUGGUCGGCGCCUUGGGACACGUCGGCCAAUUUGGCGCUGCUAUGGGCAGGAAGGGAUGGGACUUUAUGAAGACGCUGCAGACUUCCAACAAUGCUACCAGCCCUGGCUUUGCUGCCAAUCGUAGUGCGGGUGGUUCCUCCGGCAACACAUUCGGCUAUCAAACUAGCAGCAACGCCACUGCUCCAGCUGCCAGCACUGCCGAGAACGAACCCACGCGACAGUGGCUGGUGCUUCUCGACGGUUACGAUGCGAGCAGCACACGGUCGGCGGUAGGCGGUGUCUUCGGUGCACCUCUUCAAGACGCCGUUCUACGCUCUCGUCUGUCCAGUCUCGCUGCGUCCGAACAGAACCGCCUGACCAACGGCAGCGGUGGCGAGGACGACCAUCUCGGCGUACCUGAUCUCGGCCAGCAAUUCAGCGCCAACUUUCUCGAAUCGCCUCACGUCACUCCCCGCGCCUCUGUCGCCGUUUCCCCCAACGAGCCCCUCAGUCGCGAAGAGGCGCGUCAUCUGUACCUGCCUCGCGUGGUUGUACGCUGCAUCGAAAGCCUCGAAAAGUGGGGUCCGUCCGAAGAAGGCAUCUACCGAAUCAGCGGUCGCAGCAGUCACACGUCGAAACUGCGUCUCCACUUUUCCGACCCGCGCAACGAUCUGCUUCUGGACCAGAUCAGCCCCGCCGAUCUCGACAUCAAUUCCGUCUGCAGCUUGCUCAAGAGCUACCUUCGAGAGCUGCCUGAACCGCUGAUUCCGCUAGCGCAGAGUAGGCUGCUCGACCAGGCGGUGUUGCGGUUGCUGUCCCACGGUGAUAGCGGAGCUGGCGCGGAAGCACAUUCGACGAGCGGCGGAGGCAAGAUCACCGACGAACGCGCGGCAGCACUCGAUUCGGACAAAGUGGCCUCCGAGCUGCGACCGUUGAUGCGCCCGCUCCCGAUCUACAACUGGUACCUCCUGCGCGAGCUGACCGACCACCUGGGCAUGUUGGCGCAGCCGUCGGUGGUGGCUAGCACCAAGAUGCCGAUUAGCAACCUGACGCUGGUGCUUGCGCCUACGGUCAGCAUCUCGUUGCCGCUAUUGCAGGUGAUGGUGCGACAUCGGGAGGUGGUGUUUUCGGGAUCUCCCGAGGAUGUGGGGGUGGCGGCUGCCAGCGUUGUAGCUGCGUUCGAGGCGAAGAAGGUGGAGCCGGAGAAGCCGGCGAGACCUGCCAAGCCGGCCAAGUUGGCGUCGCCGAGCAAGCUGCCGGUCAUGAUUAGGAAGAGAGCUAGCUCGAGCAGGUUGAGCGCACUGCUUUCGUCUCCUACGAGAAAGGCGGCGGAGGAGAAGCAGGAGCAGGCGGAGAAGGUUCAUCAACGCAGACCGAGCGUGACGCCGUCAAUCGAUCUGCCCGAGUACCUCGCUUUCUCUACCACGGCUGGACGCGGAGAAGCGUACGAACGACCCUCGACGUCACUCGGCCACUUUUCGGAGCUAUCGUCUUCAUCGGCACGGUCGAACACGUCUCGAGAUACGUCGCUUCGACUGGACGCGUUGGCGCUGGACGAUUCGAGCUCGGCUACAACGUCGACCCCGAUCGCGAGGUACUAUGCGAGGAUGCGACAGGAGGCGGCCGAAGAGGCGGGUAGGGAAGGCGCACGUACUCCGAUGAUGGGCAACUCGACGUCGAUGCCGUCGUUCUCGCCGAAGUUGGGGGUGGAGGAUGGGAGAGUGUCGGCGUUGGAUAGGCCGAGACCGCCGACGUCGGGCCAGGCGAGGUUCUUUGCGGGCAGGAGUCGGAGGCAGGAGAGUAGCGGGAGCGGCGACGGGAUAAUCGGGAAGAGUGUGAGUGGGUUGGGGUUGAACAGUGCCGUGAAGGUGGGAGCAGGCGAGACACGGCCGUUGAGGAUCGUCAAGAAGGGGUCGAAUGGUCAGGUGUAG